AUGAGCGAAGUAUGCAUUAACGUGCUGAUAGGUCUUCCUGGAGCAGGCAAAACUACGUUUUGCCAAAAUUUUCGGAAUUAUUUGCAGCAAAAACAAUCCUCUAUUACUGUAGUUCACGUUUGUUUUGAUGAUUUUAUUAAACUCGGAAACUUCGAUUAUGGAAAUUCUUACAAGUUGAAACGAAAACAAUUUUUGGAAUGCUUUGAGCUCGUCCUGCGAGCUGUUCGUACUAGAUCAGAUAAAUGUCUCUACCAAGCCAACGAGAAGUUUAUUAAGACAUUCGGAAAAGAUCUGGCGAUUGAAUUGAACUCAACUUCCACAUUAAAAACAACUUAUCUAUUUAUCCUCGAUGAUAACAUGUACUACAGAAGCAUGCGCUAUGAAAUUCUUAAGCUUGCAAGAAAAAAUCGCACUGGGUACUUUCAAAUAUAUUUCGAUAUUCCACUUGAAGAUGCGAUGACCAGAAAUGUUACUAGAUCGACACCAAUCCCAGAUGACGUAAUUUUGCGAAUGAAUAUCCGACUUGAAAAACCAAACGGCCAUUUUUACCGGUGGGAGAGAAACUGUAUUUCAACCAAAGAUCCAUUAUUAGACUUGGAUAAAAUCGAACUGAUGGUUAUUGAUCGGAUAAAUCAUCACGAAUCACAGCUUGAUUGCAAGAUUGUGGCUCCAGUAGUGGAGCAAUCGAUCGUUCACAAAUUAGAUCUGCUGAUGAGAAAAACGAUCAGUGAAAUUAUACGAAAUACAAAGAAUGGUUCAAGUCAAGAGCUACUGAAGCUUCUUUCGAAUGAGUUGAAUAGCAAACGAAAAACAUUGCUGAAUAAUUUCAGGGCUGGGUUGGUCGAGAUUCCUGAUCCAGAUAAUAUUAACAUACAGCAUAUUAGAAUGUUGUUCCAGUGAUUAGUUGUAAAUAAACAGUAGUAGAUCAAUAAAAACA